AUGACAGAAACUACAGCGUUCGUGACCAUGGAUUACUUCAUUGGUGGGAAAAAAUGUAGACUAGGCAGUGUAGGAGAAGUAACAAAGGGUACAGUGGUUAAGAUUGUAGACGUAGAAACACGAGAACCAUUAGGGCCAAAUCAGAAUGGAGAAAUAUGUGUUAAGGGCACAAUAGUUAUGAAAGGUUACAUAGGAAAAGAGAGAAGUGAAGAUUUUGAUGAAGAAGGAUUCUUUAAAAGUGGUGAUAUUGGGUACUAUGAUGAGGAUAAAUAUUUGUAUAUUGUAGAUCGAUUGAAAGAGUUAAUCAAGUACAAGGGAUAUCAGGUUCCUCCAGCGGAGAUAGAAGCAGUGCUUCUGCAACACAAGGGAGUGCGCGACGUAGGCGUUGUGGGCUUGCCUCAUGAUUUGGCAGGCGAAGUACCUCUCGCAUUCGUUGUGCCUCAAACUGGUGUCGAGCUCUCAGAAAAAGAGCUUCAAACGUUCGUCGCUGAAAGGUUAUCCAAUCCAAAACAUUUGCGUGGAGGAGUGAAAUUCGUCAAGGAGAUACCAAAAAAUCCGAGUGGAAAAAUUCUACGGAAGCUUCUUCGAGAAAUGUUAUAA